AUGAGUCUCACUGCAGACUCUGAACCCUAAGGACCCUGCGCGUGACGUCACCGUCACCUGACCGCCCGUGAUCUCCGCAAGCUCCGUGUGGAGCGACGGGAAGUCGAGCACCAUGGAUCGCCAUGAAGUAACCGAGUUCGUCCCCACCAACAUCGUGGCGGCAAAGGCAGCAGAGGUUCGCUCAUCCAGCGUCAACUGGCAGUCUUACCUCCAGAGUCAGAUGAUCUCCCAGGAUGACUGCGAGUUCAUCAAGCGAUUCGAGCGGAUGCCCACCGCCCAGCGGCAGCACAUUCUGGAGACGGAGGGCAUACAGACAGCCAAGACGUUCCUGAAUCUGAUGUCGCAAAUCUCGCGUGAGCAAACGGUGCAGCUGCUGCUCACCAUGGUGGACGACAUGCUGCAGGAGGACCAUAGCCGCGUGUCCAUCUUCUUUGACCACGCCAGGCGUAACAAGUCCUCGGCCUGGUCCUACUUCCUCCCCAUGCUCAACCGCCAGGACCAGUUCACCGUUCACCAGGCUGCGCGGAUCAUUGCGAAGCUGGCGGCGUGGGGCAAGGAGCUGAUGGAGGGGAGUGACCUGACCUACUACUUCAACUGGCUCAAGACACAGCUUGGCUCACAGAAAAAUCGCCCAGGUGGACAAGACGGUGGCCACGUCUCACCGACCGAGAACUCGCAGUACCUGCAGUGCUCGGCCGGAUGCCUGCAGCUCAUGCUCAGGGUGAACGAGUAUCGCUUCGCCUGGGUGGAGAUGGACGGUGUCAGCUGUGUAAUGUCGGUCCUGCACACCAAGUGUGGCUUCCAGCUGCAGUACCAGAUGAUCUUCUGUCUCUGGCUGCUCACGUUCAGCCCGCAGAUGUGCGAGAGCAUACGUCGCUAUAACAUGGUCACCACGCUGUCCGACAUUCUGCAGGAGUCAGUCAAGGAGAAGGUCACCCGCAUCAUCCUUGCCACCUUCCGUAAUCUUCUGGAGAAGAGUGUGGAGCGUGAGAGUCGGCAGGAGUACGCUCUUGCCAUGAUCCAGGGAAAGGUGCUGAAGCAGCUGGAGAACCUGGAGCAGCAGAAAUACGACGAUGAGGAUAUCUCGGAAGACAUCCGCUUUCUGCUCGACAAACUCGGAGAGAGCGUGCAGGACCUCAGUUCAUUUGACGAGUACAGCUCGGAGCUGAAGUCUGGCCGGCUGGAGUGGAGCCCCGUGCACAAGUCUGAGAAGUUCUGGCGUGAAAACGCGGCACGACUCAACGAGAAGAACUGCGAGUUGCUCAAGAUUCUGACACGUCUGCUCGAGCGCUCCGAGGAGCCUCAGAUCCUGGCCGUGGCAGCGCACGACGUGGGGGAGUACGUGCGGCACUAUCCCCGUGGAAAACGAAUUAUAGAGCAGCUGGGUGGUAAGACCCUGGUGAUGAACCACAUGCACCACGAGGACCAGCACGUGCGCUACAACGCCCUGCUCGCCGUGCAGAAGCUCAUGGUUCACAACUGGGAAUAUCUCGGAAAGCAGCUCAAGUCCGAGGAGGCGACUGGACAGACCAGAGGCUAAAUGACAGCACAACUGUGCACCUAACACUCCACAAAUCCAGCAGGCAUACUCAUUCACUCAACUGUAGGCGGAUGCACACUCACAAGAACACACAUGCACAUACACACAAGACAGUUUUUUUAAUUUUUGGCCUGGAUAGGCUUGUUGAUAAGCAGUUAUUAAGGUGAGGAUGGCACAUGAAUGAGUAGGUGGUGAAAGCUGGUAAAAUUACCCCCUGGCCGCCUUUGUUUUUCCUAUGCUGAUAUUCAUGACCGCACUGCCAACACACCAGGCACUGUAUAGGAGGGGUUGAUGUGGAGGCCUAGGCUAGGUGGUGAUGGUAACACGGUUUGGCACUGACUGCAGACCAUCAUGUCACUACUGCACAACACACACCCAUAAGGCACAAAUAUGUACAACAUCAAUAAUCAACUCGGACACAAGUACACACACAGGCAGACAUGCAGCCCAUAGAGAAACUCUGACAUGCUUACACAUACAACACAAGUAAAAAUACAUUUCGUUUUAUGUUGAGCUAUUGCUAAUAUUCCAAUAUAAUUAUCGAAUUUAUGUGAUAAUGAUGCAGUCUUUUUGGACAUUCUUGGAUAGCUACUGACCAUAAAAUCAGGGUGUCCUUUUUACCAUUGCUUCAUUUGGCUAGACCUGACUGAAGAUAUUUAGUCAAGCUGAAACCUGUUUUUUAUUUUGCCGUGUUUUUGUGGUAUGUGGAGCAAUUUAUGAUUUGGCUCAAUCGAGCUGCCUGCAGCUCAUUUGCAAAGGAACCCUUUCACUGUUUUAAGUUCACUAAUGGUGCGUAAAUCAUUCUCACAAAGGAAUUUAGUGUUGACUUGUACAUCUUUCUUAUACUUGUGCAAUUAUGGGAUCAUUAACAUCAGAUACCUCUUUUUUUCUCACUGUACAACUGAGCUGCGCCAGGGCUGUGCCAAGCCAGCCCGGCACGACUUGGGGGAGAGGCCAGAAUUUUCCACUGUGGAACAGAGGUCGCAACCGGGUACCCGAUACCCGUACCCUACCCGAUACCCGGCUACCCGUACCCAGCCGGGUACGGGUACCCGUUUGCGACCCUGGUGCGGCCGGGUACGGGUAGACCGUGAGUCACUGGUGAGUAACUGUCACUCAUUUCCCAACGUCUUGUCUCUUCUCGCAAUCAGGUACCCGAUACCCGUACCCUACCCGUACCCGGCUGGGUACGGGUAGGUUACGGGUACGGCCGGGUACGGGUACCCGUUUGCGACCCUGGUGCGGCCGGGUACGGGUAAGGAAUCAAAACCCGUUUGCGACCUCUGCUGUGGAAGCAGAGCCGUGAUGCCGAUGAUGUGUACACAAUGAAAAAGUCGAGACGUGAAGGUGACGCGGCGACACGGUGUUGUUUAUCUUUCUUGCAAUGCACCGCCGUCACAAUAAGCCACGAGCCCCAAACUCUGGCCCUCCUUGGCCUCCGAGCCCAGAUUCAGAUAUGCGAGUGCAGCGCAUCACGUUUUUGGUUCCAGCUCGUCACAGCAAAUAGCCUGUGGAAAAACACCACCCAUUUUUUGAAGGCCCAGCUCAGAUGUUCCACUGGGAAAGGGGGGGGGGGGCUGGCUUAACCUCCCCACUGUACGACAACGCACUUUUUUCUCGAUGUGCCCCGUAACAUGAAUGCUACUUGGGGGCAGCAACCAAGUCCACUGUAAGGAACUAGAGAUAUAAUGUGUACUGUGGGAAUUAAAAUGUUGAUGCUUAAUGUAAUGAUCCUGAAACCGAUUAACUGUAAUUGUCACAGUGGUUGUGUGGUGUCAAUAUUUGUGUUUGUGCCACGUUUUGAUGUUUAGAAAGUUUCUUCUCGGAUGUGAGCCGAUGCUAAAAAACACUCUAACCACAUCAGUGAAAACUAAUUGGGUUAAUGAAAAUAAAUGUACAACUGUG